UGCUCAUAAACGCCUCCUUCGAGAUUGCAGCUGGGCAGGAGUCCAAAAGAGCAACUAGGCAGGAGCUGAAAGUUAGCCGCGAGUUGCACAACUUCGACGCUGGGUGACUAUUAACAAGCUCGAGUAGUAGCGACUCCAGCAACAGCGGGGAGACGGAGACUUACUCCAGCCUGCCCGGUUUGAAGGCUGUUGAUGUUUGGCGUCAGUCCGGGGACUUACCAUGGCCCCCUUUGGAAGGAAUCUCUUAAAGACCCGGCACAAAACUAGAUCUCCAGUGAAAGACAUGAGUACUGGUGAGCGAGAAAUCACAGUCUGGGUCUGCCAGGAAGAAAAAAUUGUGAGUGGAUUGACAAAGCGCACAACUUGCACUGAUGUAAUUGAAGCUUUGCUUGAAGAACAUGAAGCCUCUUUUUCAGAAAAGAGAUUUCUCUUUGGACAACCCAAGGAUUACUGCAUAACAGAGAAAUGGAGAGGUUCAGAACGGGUCCUCCCACCUCUCACAAAAAUGCUGCGACUCUGGAAAGCCUGGGGAGAAGAACAAACUAAUUUGCAGUUUGUGUUGGUGAAGUCAGAUGCUUUCCUCCCCUUUCCAUUGUGGAGGACAGCUGAAGCUAAGAUGGUACCUAGUCUAGAAAGACAAUGGGACCUUAGCCCAGCAAAUUACAUGAAGAUGUUGCCAGUGGACAAGCAAAAGCGAAUUGUCAGGAAAACUUUCAGGAAACUGGCAAAACUUAAGCAGGAAGGAGUUCUGCAAGAGAGGGAUAAUAUAGAAACACUGAUACACUUGAUCCUGUCUCAGGAUCACACAAUCCACCAGCAAAUCAACAGAAUGAAGGAACUGGAUUUAGAAAUUGAAAAGCGUGAAACCAAGUGCCACCUCCAUUGGAUUGAAAGUGAGGGGGAAAACUAUGUUCAGAAGUCUUACUUAAUGGCUUCUUCUAGUAAUCCUGAACAGCAAAUAGAUCUUCCUCACAGCAAUCAGCAGUUGCAGGAAAGUCUAUGCAAAAGUGAGGGGGUUUUACAGGUGGAAGAAGGGCUUAAACAUCACAAGCUUUUGAUUGAAAAGCUCUCUGCUGAAAUUGAACAAGAGCUUCAGGGGUUUAAAACAAAUGGAGAUACAUGGGCAAAUGAACCCUCUAAGGGUGAAGUGGAAAAUUUUGAUUUAGACGGUGUCAAGAAUGAAUUGGAAAAGAGCAUGAAAGAUGCCUUAAGGAUCCAUUCUCAACUGAACUGCGUACAGCAGGAGUUAAAAUACAGAGACUUGAUGUUUCAAAAGAAGGAAAAAGAAUAUCAACUUCUUGUGGAAGAGCUUAAUACACUAUUUGCUAAAGACAAAACUGAAAGCAGGUACCCACCCAGUGAGCAGCAAGCAAAUAGCAAUGAACUUACCCCCAAGACUUUCACAGGGACAGACCUCCUUAAGGUGACUAAUUUAGAUAUAAAUGACACAGACUCUGAUACUGGAAUCAGCUCCACUCAUAGUCAGGACUCAGAGACAGCCUUAGGAGACACAAUAUUGUUGGCCACAUAGUUGAAAACUGCUAAAAUUCUACUAAGGAAACUAAUAUUCCCUAGGGAGAUGUUUCAUGAGGUAGUAUCUUGUAUAGGUUGUACUUCUGGUGGUGUGUCAUAACUUCCAGGUUAAAGAGACCUCCAACAGAUCAUAGGAAACAGUAGCUAAUUCUCAGCUAUGAAGAGAAAAAGAUACAGAUUUUUAACUGAUAUGACUAACGUAGAAUCUUCAGUCUUAUCAAAGUUCAUAUUGAACAUUUCAAAUGUACUUAAUUUUUGAAAAAGUAAAGUUAAUCAGACUAGAUGUAAUGAACCAAAAUCUAAGCCCACAAACCAGUAAAAGU